ACUUCACUGAAGGGGUGGGUCUUCCACAUGGCCGGGUUACAGAGUAGAGAUAAAGGUAUGCCUUUUAAAAAUGGGUUUUGAUGUAACUUAUGGCAGGAGAAAUUGCAACUUAUUGAGAAAAAAAUGUUGUUUGGACUGUGUCGUGGGACGGGGGUUCGGAGAGUAUAAAGCGGUGCAAGAGGAAACCGCGAUGAGGAAUCUGAUACAGUAUCUGCAAGAAAAAAACCCACAAAGGAUCUAGCAUGAAGUCCCUGACAGCUGGGGAAAAGGGUAGCAUGCAGUCCAGCGGAGAAAAUCCUUUUGCCCCGGGGGUAGUUCAUGUGAAAAAGGAACUGGUGCUGCUAGAUGGGGAGGGUUCUCAAGACAAGUCCUUUGACUGUACCAAAGUACCGCUCAAGCCAUGCUGCGAGAUCAAAACUGAGACGGAGGACUGCCCAGCCACCUCAGACAAGCCCCUUCCCCAGGAACUGUCUUCCACUACAGCUGGGGGAUUGUCUGUAAAAGAAGAAGAGGAGGAGUUGUCCCUGUGUCUCCACACUGAUAUCCUUUCACCUGGAAGAACUGAGCUGGAAAAUCGUGUCAAGACGCCAAGUGAAGACUGCAAUGAGCCUGAAAGUGUGAAAAAAGAAGACGGCUUGCAAAACCAGCAGGUAUUCCUCCCCGCCAGGGGAGCCAGCAACCCAGAACUGAAAUCAUCGGUGUCGCCUGCCUGCGCUGCCCAAAGUGGGGCUCCUCCGUCACUGGCAAGAGAAGGCAAGGCCUUGAGGCAGAACGUGUACGGCUGCGAUCAGUGUGAAAAGAGCUUCAGCCGGGUGGGGACUCUCCGGGCACACCAGCGCGUGCACCGUGAGAAGCUCCCGCUCAUCUGCAGCGACUGCGGCAAGGCGUUCAGGGAUUCGGCCAAGCUGAAGAUCCACCGGCGUGUCCACACUGGCGAGGCUCCGUACCGGUGCGAGGAGUGUGGCAAGUGCUUCAAAGAGUCCGGGACCCUGACCAAACAUCGCCGCGUCCACACGGGAGAGACUCCGUACUGCUGCACCACCUGCAACAAAACCUUCAGCAUCCUGGCCACCCUACGUCGGCACCAGCGGAUCCACACAGGGGAGAACCCGUACAGCUGCCAGCAGUGCGGCAGGAGCUUCCGGGAUUCCGGCAGCCUGCGGACACACGAGCGCGUGCACACGGGCCAGACCCCCUACCACUGUCACACCUGCGACAAGGGCUUCAGCCAGCUGGGGACGCUGAAGAAACACCUGCGCAUCCACACCGGCGAGCAGCCCUACCACUGCACCGUCUGCGGCAAGACCUUCAGCAUCUCGGAGACGCUGAAGAGGCACCUGCGCAUUCACACCGGCGAGCGGCCCUUCAGCUGCGCCACCUGCGGCAAGGGCUUCCGCGAGUCGGGCAGUUUGAGGAAGCACCAGAGGAUCCACACCGGAGAAGCCCCCUACCGCUGCUCGGAGUGCGGGCAGAGCUUCCGGGAAUCCGGGAAACUGAAGAUUCACCAACGGAUCCACACGGGCGAGACUCCGUACCACUGCACCGUCUGUGGGAAGAGCUUCAGCCUGUCCGGCACCCUGAAGAUCCACCAGCGCAUCCAUUCCGGGGAAACUCCCUACCAGUGCGGCGUCUGCUCCCGCAGCUUCAGCCGGCUGGGGGCCUUCCGGAAGCACGAGCGCAUCCACACGGGAGAGAAGCCGUAUCUGUGCUCGCUGUGCGGGAAGGGUUUCAGGGAGUCGGGCAGCCUGAAGAAGCACCUGAGGGUGCACUCUGGGGAGACGCCCUACCACUGCACCGCCUGUGGGAAGAACUUCAGCGAGCUGGGCAACCUCAAAAAGCACCAGCGAGUUCACACUGGCGAGAGGCCUUAUCACUGCGCCCACUGUGACAAGACCUUUGUCUACUCUGGGCAGAUCAAGACGCAUGCCUGCAAGGCUCCUCAACCAGCGCAGGCCCCACAGGGUACUUAACAUAGCUGCUCUUCUGAUCUCUUCAGACCUAGAGCACAACGCUCAUUAGUACAAGUCCAUCGAAGCAGCUGAAAAUCACUGACUGUGGGAGAGCUGGCCUGUGAUUGCUGUCUUUUGCUAUUGAAAAGGUACUUUCUUAUACAGUUGUGCAUACAGUGUGACUGAAUCAACAAAUGAGAAACUUCAGAAAUGUAAUUUUGGGAGAUACCGCUCCACGUCUGCUAGUUGUUGGUUAUGCAAAUGAUUACAGUAUUCUUUGGACUGUGCCAUCUUGGCUGAGACGUGAAAUGCUGGCCAGGAAGAUGAGGUAGUCAGAAACCCUCGAUGUGAAGCAAACCAAGGCAACGUAAAGUAUCAUAAGGGUACUUCUUAGCCUGUCAGGCUCAUUUAGUUUGUGUUAGGUAAAACACUCCGAACAAGAACUAUUUCUUAAAGGAUACCAUAGUUCGGCUUCUUUAAUGUAUUUAGGAAAGGUCCAAACUCCCAUGGCACACUGAGUCAUGGGAGUUUGGACCUUUCCUGUGCCCCAGAACUGUACAUUCACAUGUGUUCCCAGGUCCUUGUGUCAUUACCCAUAACCUGGGAGGGACAAAUGGGGAGAAAGACAUUUAGAGUCAUUCUGGGAAAGACUGAAAGGCAUGCUUGAUGCGGGGGUUGUCUCCUGUCCCAGAAGUUCAUUUUUAAGUACCGUGUGAAGAAAUAUUAAUUAUUUUUAUAUGUAAAAUAAUACAAUUAUUAUUUUUAAGUGUCUUGCACAGUUAUUAAAGUGUGUAUAUAUAGUGAGAGGUAAUGUUGGUCAUUCUAACCUCACUCUAGGAAAUGGCAUGAGAAUCUUCAAUUUGGCCUCUCAAGCUUUCAAAUAUUAUAGACGUUUUCUUUAAAACCUUUGAUAAAGCUAACAAAUGGCAUGAGAUCUUAAAAAACUAUUAGUGAAUAGAGUAGUUAGUGUUAAUGAUGUUUUAUGAGAUGGUGCAUAAUAUCUCUAAAAAUGUCCCUUUGUGGGACAAGAUCCUUGCUUUAGUGUUGUCCCAGGACCUGGAUGUCAGGACUAGGGAGGAUUUCAAAUCCCUUGAAGUCCUUUGAAAUCCCCUAAUAAUCUCCUCUUUCAGAGCCUUAGAUGAAAUCUCUUGAGAAGAGAUGCAAGCCUCUGGUUAUAUUAUUAUUUCUUGCCAUUCCUGAACUAAAAGGAUAAGCACUGUGAUUGUUUCAUAUAUUAGGAGGUGCUGAGUUAGUGUUUUCACCUGUAGCAAAGAUAAGUUUCCUUUCCAUGGGAAUUGAAAGCAAUGUUAUUAAUGCAUGGUAAUUUUCUUACUUUUAACGAGCAAUACAGGGAUUAAUGCUCCCUUUCUGUCUUGGUUAUAACACAGUCUUAUGAACUGCAAGCUUGCAGUUUUUUUGUAUUAGGUUCACAUUAUCAUACAAAACCUUUUCAAUGAUAAAUGGAAACACAUUUCUGAUUCAGCACUAGUGUGUGCACAGAGUGCUCUGAGGGAAGACCAAUUGUAUUACAUGCACCUAACAAAUUAGCUAUCUGAAUGAGAUAGCUAGAUUUAUUUAUUUGUCAUGAGUCAUAAAUUGCUAGUUUCCAAAGUCAAUAAAUUACCAAAUCUGAUUUAACAGAAUGGACGUGAAUUUGGUCAGUCAUUUUUUGCAAAUAAAUCUGUAGAUGCACAUUCUGCUACUGUACAGUACUUGAUAAGGCUUAUUAUUGCAUUGGAGCCCCUAGGCAGUAGUGUUGCUAGGUUUUUCCAUUGCAUGGCAAAAGUGCACUAUUGCUACAGCUCAGAUAGUGUUGCAGUUACCUGAUAGGCUCAACAACAGCCUGUCAUCCUGUUCCAUGACAAGCUCUGUCAUUCCACUCUUUCCUGACUGCUGCAAGGCCCGAGGUCCAUACAUUGUACAAUAUUAUUGAGUUUUCAGCUGACCCCCUCAUUCCUCAGUCCGUCUCUUUAUUGUGGUUUUCUGCUUUUAGGAUUUCUGAGGGGCUCUCCUUUUAGCAAGAAAAAGUAGAAACAUUGAGUAACACUUCUACAAGCCUAUCUACCUGUGUUAGCUUUACCUGCAUUCAGUACCUUCUAUAAAAGUAAAACUGCUGCUUAAACUAGUGAUAGAUUAUCAUUUGGCAAAUAAGCGCUUUAAGAAACUGCACCCCUGAGUAGUAUACAGGUAUACAGGGUGAGAUGUUCAGCUUAGUCUUGUGUCUUUUUGACAUUUGUAAUUUAGAUGAAAAAAAUUCUUUAUUCUUUAUUAAGUUGUUUGCUUAAACCUAAUAUCUAACAAUUGUAGCUAACCACUAUGAGCAGAGCAAAGCAUUAAGCAUUCUGUAAGUUCACUGUAUUUCAUAACACUUUAUAGAAAUAGUACUGAUAGAACAGAGCUUGACUUGUUUUUCUUUUGACAAGGAUUUUAUAAAGGCGUUUUAUUUUUAUUUGUGAAUUCAUUGAAGGUUGACUUUCAACAGGCAAACUUUGUUCUCCAAGCCAGACUGCAUGUGUGAUUCACAGUCGCUGUAAGACAAAAUUAGCUAAUUUUAAGUUCAGUGUUUUCUGGUUCUGUCUGUACUUUAAAAGUCAUGCCAUUUUAAAAGCCUAAUUGAACACGUUGUACCUCUGCCUAAUUGCAGCCUAGUUUAUUUUCUGCAAAUUAAAAGCAGAAAGGCUUGGCAGAGAGCACUUUGUAUACUGAUGGAUUGGUUUUGCUAAGGAAGAGGAAGGUAAAUGAUCAAGAAAGCCUAGUGAAGCACAGCUUAGCCAGUCCCAUUUUGUGCUUCGUAUUGUACCAGGAGGUACAGGCGAUUUUUCAGUUAAGUGCAUGACUUGGAAAUUUAAGAAUGUUUUUUAUGACUCGGUAGACUCGGGAGCCAUUUCUGAAUAAUUUCUUGAAUUGUCAGGUGGCUGGUAUUUUGGCUUCUGUUAAGUAGUUGUCUGAUAAUGUGCACCAAAGGAAUUUUUGGGCAGGACAAUGAGCUGACUCCUGUGAUUCACUAUAAAUUCUUAAAAGGGAACAAAUUGUUCUUAAGCUACAUAACACUUCUUGUAAGUAUGGAAGGACAGUAAUAUUUUAUUGGCAGGUAAGAGGCUAAAGAGUCUGAAGUAUUGGUGUUGUAUUGGAGAAAUAAGAAACAGAACAGAAGGUGAAUGUCACUUAGUACACAACACUAUUGUUUCAGAUUUCACUAUUCUACUUAUAGACCAAAAAGAACGACAAAUCGGAUUAAUUUCCCUCUUUAUGAGCCCAUUGUCUGCUUUUUUUCCUCAUCUGAAUCCGUUACUUAGAACAUCUGGACAGCUGGCUGUAACUGCAUUUGUGAUCACAUUUAGUGCCUAAAAGUGGCAGAUUUUAAGUUAUGUGGAAACAUUUUAAAUUUGAAAUCUUGAGCAGUUCAAGAAAGCUGCUAUCAACAGUCAUUAAUCGGAUUAAUAAGAACUGCUUGCAUUUAUAAAAUGUUUUAUUGUGCAUGCUUCAGACAGUAUUAUCUGAAGCAAACAUAGGAAAUAUUAUUUAAAAUAAACUGUACAUUUGUGUUAAAAUAA